UCUUUGAAGGGUGCAGGCGUGAUCUCGAACUGGGCUACACCUAGUGAUCAAAGAGGCCUACUCUAGUUUAUUAGCUCAAACUUUUUGUUCUAUAAAUAGCCCAAUAUUUUCAUUUUCACUCCAUUCCCUGUCAACUUAAAAAGCUAUGUUGACCAUGACAUUGUCUCUAAGUUUCCUUCUGGUUUUUGCCUUCUACUCGUGUCCCUUCUUUACUUCCACUGAAGGAAGAGUAGUUCAUGGCCUCACAAAACACAAACACUUGCAUAUAGUCUCUCAAAUUUCACUACCACCUGUUCCUGCUCCUGCACCACAGGCCACUAGCCCGAGUUACAUUGCAGGUUUUCCUACUCCUGAACCUAGUCCUACUAGAGUUUUCAAUGUACUAUCCUUUGGUGCUGUUGGUGAUGGCUCCUCAGAUGACACACAAGCAUUCAAGAUGGCUUGGGACGCUGCCUGCCAGUGCCAGACAGAAUUGUCAGUUCUUCUUGCUCCUGUUGGUUAUAGUUUCGUGAUACUACCUACUAUCUUCGCAGGACCUUGCAAAAGUGGCCUUGUGUUUCAGGUAAUAAUAUUGGACGGUAAACUAUUUUAUAAUCUGAGUCUUCCCAAUAUAAUUCAAGUACCCUUUUCUUUAAAGAGCAAACUGAUACUGAUAACUUGGCUAUUUUGCUGCUAUAAUGAGAAGAUUGAUGGAACCAUAGUGCCUCCAGAUGGCCCUGAAUCAUGGCCAACAAAGACCAGCAAGCGACAAUGGCUGGUCUUCUACAAAAUCAAUGAAAUGUCAUUGCAAGGGGGAGGUGUCAUAGAUGGGAGAGGAGAAAAAUGGUGGAACCUGCCCUGCAAGCCUCACAAAGGAAUGAAUGGAAGAGCACUUCUUGGUUCCUGUGACAGCCCAGUUGCCAUAAGGUUUUUCAUGAGCUCCAAUUUGACAGUCCAAGGACUUAUAGCGAAGAACAGUCCUCAAUUCCAUUUCAGGUUUGAUAACUGUCAAAAUGUUCUCGUAGAAAUGCUCAGCAUUAAAGCACCAGCUCUAAGUCCUAACACAGAUGGAAUUCACAUAGAGAACACUAACAAUGUUCACAUAUAUAAUUCAGUCGUAUCCAACGGGGAUGAUUGUGUAUCAAUUGGAGCUGGUUGCCAUGAUGUAAAUAUCAGGAAUAUAACAUGUGGUCCAAGCCAUGGAAUAAGCAUUGGGAGUCUUGGGAUUCGCAACUCGCGAGCCUGUGUAUCAAACGUUACAGUGACUGAUUCAGUGAUCAAGCACUCUGAUAAUGGUGUUAGAAUCAAGACAUGGCAAGGAGGCUACGGCUCUGUAUCUGAAGUCACAUUCAACAACAUUCAUAUGGACACAGUCCGGAACCCAAUUAUUAUAGACCAAUACUACUGCCUGAGCAAGAAAUGCGCUAACCAAACAAGUGCAGUAUAUAUUUCUGAUAUUUCCUACAUAAACAUUAAGGGGACAUAUGAUGUAAGGAGUCCACCUUUGCACUUGGCCUGCAGCGAUUCAGUCCCUUGUUCUAACCUUAUAUUUUCAGAUAUAGAACUCCUUCCUGCUAAAGGGCAGUUUGUGGCUGAUCCAUUCUGCUGGAAUGCUUUUGGGGAUACGCAGACAGUUACUAUCCCACCACUUUCUUGCUUAUCAGAAGGCAUCCCAAGAUUUGGAGACCAGACCAUUGUUGAUCAGUGUUGAAGCGGGACGAGUUAUGUAUCAUCAUGAAAAGUUUCAAUAUCAGAACUUCAAGCUAUAGUUUUAAAUUUUAACCACCAGAUUAUUCCUAGGCUGGCAAGAAUUUCACUAUAACGAUAAUAGUUUGCCAAGACUCAAAAGGAGUGUAAGCAACAGAAUGCGUACAUGUAGGCAUGCACUUGCCUUAAAACUACCGGUAAGGACCUCACUUUUCUCCCAUCAAUAGGCACCAAAAACAUUUGCUCAGACCUUAAAACUCGUGUGAAAUUACCUUUUCUGAAAAA